UAGGUUAAUUGACAUCUCGUCUUAUGUUAGACCUCCUCGGCCGAACGUGAUGUUUGAUAUACGCAAGAGAUUCAAGAAACUUAGGCGGAAAGAGCUAGCUCCCGAGAAACCUCUUGGGGAGCGUUCCUCGCAGAUUCCGGCGCCAGCCACCGAACACCAAGAUCGCUACGGACUCUUCCUUCUUAACGAAAACACGUUGCCUGACGACUCGAAAGACAAUAGAGGUGUGGAUAUCGUGGCUAUACAUGGCCUGAAUGGGAACGCUUACACAACAUGGGAACACGAGAAUGGAACUUUGUGGCUCCGUGAUCUGCUCCAGAGGGACCUUCCUGGGUCUCGUAUAUAUACCUACGGGUAUCCAUCUGAGCUUUUUUGGAGUCACUCAGUAGCUAAAUUGCGGGACUAUUCUGGGAAUCUUCUCAGCUCUCUCGCAGCUGUUCCAGAAAGAAGACAACGCCCGAUAAUAUUUGUCUGUCAUAGUCUGGGUGGCAUAGUGUGUAAGCAGGCACUUGUUCUAGCACAUGAAAACGACCAUCUGUAUGGUGACACAAUAUCUGCUUUUUCAGCUAUUGUUUUCUUCGGAACACCACAUCGAGGUUCGGCAGUGGCCGAUGUUGGGAAGAUGAUAGGAAGAGUUGUCAACAUGUGUAUGCGCGCAUCACUAAUUACAGGCAUAUCUGGAUCCAUACGAGACGACCUUCUCACCAUCUUGGAAUCUAAUUCGCAAGCACUGAACGAUCUUGCUGUUUCUUCCCGGAACCGUCUCAGGAACUUAGAGAUCGUUACCUUCUACGAAACGGAGAUGAUGCCUGGGCUUUCUGAACUAAUAGUUCAUCAAAGUUCUGCCAUAAUGGAAAUACCAUGCGAAGAAGUCAUACCUCUUUAUGCGAAUCAUAGAACAAUGUGCCGUUUUGGAGGGGCAACAGAUGGCGGUUACAUUUGUACUUUGAAUGUCAUGAAACGCUUAUCCAAGACAGCCCUCCUAAACCGAGAAAUGGCAAUGAAAACCGACCGCACAUCGUCCAAUCAAUCUUUGAGCGAAACUGAAAGAUCUUGCAUGGUCCUCCUGAAUUCAAUCUACCUUUUGGAGUACAAAGCGCAACUACCAACGCCGGUACAAGGGACCUGUAGCUGGAUUUUGGCCCAUCCUGCAUAUUUGUCCUGGCUAACAACUGAAGAAACAAGAUUACUUUGGAUCACAGGCGAACCCGGUUGUGGCAAAACUAUGCUCUCUGCAUAUCUAACGGACCACCUAAGACUAGACCAUUCUACUUCAGUCAGGCCUCAAGUCUUUUACUUCUUUUGCGACGAUAAAGUUAAGUCUCAAAGAGAUGCAAACGCUAUACUCCGAGGCAUCCUGUAUCAGAUCGUACAGCAGCACCGAAGACUCAUCAAAUACGUUAAAGCAAGAUUCGAACUGGACGGACCUAGCCUCGCAAACUCUUUCUCAGCGCUCUGGGAACUUUUUCUGAAAAUAGCUACCAAUUCCGCAUCAAGCGCUAUCAGGGUCAUAGUGGAUGCUAUUGAUGAGUGUGAAGUGAAGACGCGUAAUAGCUUCCUGAACGCCAUGAUGCAGCUAGUAAAUGAGUCUCGGGAUGUACAUCGACAGUCCCGAACCUGCAUCAAAUUUUUGAUAACAAGCCGCCCAUCACUCGGAAACUCAUACAGUCACACAGGAUUAAUCAAGAACAGACUGCCAAUCGAGGAAGAUCAGGGCAACAUCAGUAAAGAUGUGAAGCUGGUCAUUCGAAGCAAGGUCAGCGAUAUUGCGAGAAAAUUCAAUUGCGACAAUGACACGAGGAGUUAUCUAGAACAUAUGCUGUACUCCAAGUCUGAUCAGAGUUUUCUCUGGUUGAAUAUGGUACUGCAUAGCUUAGAAACAAGUCCAAAAGCAUCAAAAAGAGAUUUCGAACGGAUCAUUGAUACAUUCCCACAGAACCUCGAGGCUACGUAUGGCAGAUUACUAGAUGGAAUCUCAGUUGAGAACGAAAAAGACGCUGGGAAAAUUCUACAUCUACUUGUUGGAUGCUCAAGACACUUGACAUUAGCAGAGAUAAACAUCGCAUUCACGAUUAGUCAAGACCACAAAUCUAUAGCCGAUGUGGUGAACGAUUUACAGCUUUCCAUCAGCACAACGCUGCAGAACGUCAUAGGUUCUUUCGUCCGCAUCAGAGAGAUGAAUGAGAGCCCCAAUCGGGACACAAAAGUUUCGCUUGUGCACCAGUCCGCUAAAGAAUACCUAACAGAUCUCGCACUCCAUUCUACAAACAAGAAAGUGCAGAGCCUUGCGGUUUCUUUAGUAGAUGCAGCGCUGGAAAUGUCCCGAUCGUGUAUACGGUACCUACUUCUGAAGGAAUUCCAAUCGGACAUCUUUGCUUCAGAAAGAACGAGCCUCGAGACCAAUUCGCCCAGCUCUUAUCAAUCAUUUUCGCACACCGACUUCGACGCAAUAGCUUCAGAUGGCCCUCUUGGUCCAGACGAUAAUCUCGGCCUAGACAACUUUUUCAAGAACUCGGGGGACUUAGACGAGGAGCAAUGCGCUUUGAUAACACAAAGAUAUGGUUUUUUUGAUUAUGCUGCGAUCCAUUGGGCAGAACAUUACUCGCUAUGUGAGGACAUCGCCCCAAGGUCUCUUCAGGAUGCCGUUAAGAAAUUGGCGAUGAAUUCCGGCUACGUUCUGACCAACUGGCUGAAAUACUACUGGUUCAAAAAUAACAUCGAAUACUCGUUUCCAGAUGUUUUCGAAACCAUCGAAGUAGCCGCAUUUUUCAACCUGUCCAUACUGCUUGCUGAGGUUCUAAAGAAGGCAGAAUUUGACAGCGAUGCAAGUAAAGUUCGGUCUCUAUUCUGGGCAGCGAGAAGGUCCUCACUGAAGUGUAUGAAAGUAUUACUUCAGCAUGGGGCAAACCCUAAUGAAAUUGGUAUCGACCGACAAACACCCUUGACUAUAUCCGCACAGUAUGGCCAUCUGGAUGCUGUACAGAUACUUCUCAACGAGCCAUCCACGGACGUUGCUAUUGGAGGCAAAUCCGGAAGAUCAGCACUAUCAUUUGCAGCAGGGAAUGGACAUCUGACGAUUGUUGAAAUCCUGCUAAAACAUGGAGCGCUCACAUCAGACGACCAGGAUAGUGCACAUUGGACCCCACUUUUCUGGGCUGUAAUAGGAGAUCAUGCGAACAUUGUCCAACUAUUGCUUAAACAGCCGUCAAUCGAUAUCAAUCAAAUUGAGGCAAGGGUCUCACACAUUACUGACUAUGGCUAA